CAGACUCCCGCCAAAUACAAGCGCGAGCCGAGGAGGGAGGGGGAAGGGAGCCCGUCACGGAGAGCGCGGGGGGGAGCGGCCCUUCUCUCCAUCCUCCCCCCUCCCGGGUAUGUCAGUUAGGCGGCGAAAGGCCUGAGGGGGGUGCCCCCCGGUGUGGCGGUUUCCCCUCUUGGCGGCGAGGGGGGGCGAGUGGCAGCUAUGGAGUGUCAAGCUAAGCCAGCAACUCCAGCCAGGAAACUCAUACAAGCUCGGCUGCCUUUCAAGCGUUUGAAUCCCGUGCCAAAGGAGAAACUUGAUGCAGACUCUGGAGUCAAAAAAUUAAGGAACUCUCAAAAUGUUCUUGAUCAGAACAAUGCCCAGUGUCCCAGUUUGUCGGAUCUGUCACCAGACGAUGCAGAGAACAGUUGCCGAGUGGAAACCAAAACACAGUUUAUUCCAAAACUUGUUAAUGGGAAGGGUCCACUAGAUAGCUUUGUGAAGAAAAACAAUACAAGUCCGUCUUUACCCUCAAUAGACUUGACAGAGGAUUCUAGCGAUGGACCGAGCAGUAAGGGAGAUCACGGGACAUCGAAAGCAGAAGGUGUAUUGACAGAGAAAGCUAACGAGAUGGCAAGCAAGCCUAGCUCACAAAAACCUGUUUGCAAUAGCCAAGUGGGUGUACUGGCAGAAACUGAUCCUCUUUCCCCGGCUGCGGCACAUAAAGGUGAAUUAUCAGAUGUGUUGCUUGCGGAGACGGGUGUCAACAGGGCCAAGGAGGGGGCACUCAAGAAUGUCCUGUUUCAGAGGAAAAUGCCCGUGGUUCUCUUGGAGGAUAUCAUGGCCAUCAGAUCCCCCAAGCCUGCACCUUUGGAAGGGAGCCCGCCUUCUGGAAACGAUACAAGCGGGUCUAGUCAUGUAGAGGACUCUGCGUGCACAAACUCCUCCUUCAGUUCUCUCUCUUCUAUCAGCUCACCGGAGACUCUGCCUGCCCACGAGCAAACAAGAGACGCCGAUCCGUUAGCCUCAUCGACGCCUGUCCGAAAGGUGAAUCAGAAAAGCCAGCGAAGUGCUGCAGAAAAGGAGAAGCUGAGGUUGCAAAAAGACCAAGAGCGUGCAGAUAAACUUCAGAAGCUGCAGGCUGAACGAGAGGAGAAGGAAAGGCUGAAAGAGGAGGCGAGAGCUGCCAAAGAACGCUCCCGGGAGGAGACCAAGAGGAAAAAAGAAGAAGAGAAGGAACUGAAGGAGAAGGAGAGGAGGGAGAAAAAGGAAAAAGAUGAGAGAGAGAAGGCUGAAAAGCUGCGAGCGAAGGAAGAAAAAAGGAAGGAGAAGCAGGAAGCCCUGGAGGCAAAACUUGAAGAGAAAAGGAAGAAAGAGGAGGAGAAACGGUUGAAAGAGGAGGAGAAGCGCAUCAAAGCAGAGAAAGCGGAAAUCACUCGGUUCUUCCAAAAACCAAAGACCCCGCCUGCUCCGAAGACUCUUGCUGGCUGGUGCGGGAAGUUUGCCCCUUUCGAAAUCAAGGAGAACAUGGUCCUGUCCCCGCUCUGCCGUGUGGCCUUUGACCAGGAUCUCAUGGAUCAACUAGAUUAUCACCUGCAAGAUCAGAGCUGCGAUGCUUCGCUCUUGAAAGAACUGAAGGGCCGAGAGCCGGGCAAAUCCGGACCUACUCUUCUCCGCAGCAGCAGCACCGGCCCGGACGUCAACAGCGAUGUGGUCGUAGUGGGCAGCAGCCAAGCGGGAGAUGUCCCCGAGAGGAAGAAGUUUGGCCGGAUGAAACUUCUGCAGUUCUGUGAGAAUCACCGGCCUGCCUACUGGGGCACAUGGAACAAGAAGUCCUCUUUCAUAAAGCCAAGGAACCCUUGGUCGAAAGACACCACGCUCCUGGACUACGAAGUGGAGAGUGAUGAGGAGUGGGAGGAAGAAGAGCCCGGCGAGUCUCUCUCUCACAGCGAAGGGGAUGAUGAUGAGGAUGGAGGGGAGGAAGAAGAUGAAGACGAUGGCUUCUUUGUGCCCCACGGCUACCUUUCAGAGGACGAAGGUGUAACUGAAAAGGUUCGCCAGAAGCUGAAGGCCAAAGAGUGGGACGAGCUGAUCGCCAAGGGGAAGCGGUUGGGAGUCUUGCAGCCCGUGAAGAUCGGGUGUGUCUGGGAAGGCCAGGAGAGCAGCCACGGCUCCGGCUCAGAUCUGAAGCUCCUCCAGCAGUUCCAGGCUUCCGUCCUGGACACGAGCCUUGGUGACGAGGAGCAAACAGAGAAAAGCGAUAAAAAGAAGACAACAGACCAGCAAAUCUUGGGACAGCUGCUCCCGCUGCUCCACGGGAACAUUAACGGAAGCAAAGUGAUCAUCCAAGAAUUCCAGGGUUGUUGUCGCCUGGGGCUGCUGCCGGACAGCAACAGUGGCGCCGCCGCCGCUCCCAGCAGCACAGAGAACAGCCCUAUGAGUCCCAACCCCUCCCGGGCCCAGACUCCCGUCCACGAGGGGAACGGUGUCCCCUCCAAAGCUAGGCUGAAGCGGAUCAUCUCUGAGAACUCUGUGUACGAGAAGAGGCCCGAGCACCGGAUGUGUUGGUACGUCCACCCAGAGGUCCUGAAGAGCUUCGGCCAAGAGGAUCUGCCCGUCCCUUGCCAGUGGAACUACACCACCCAGGUCCCCUCAGUGACCAAGGAGGAAGGGGGCAACUCACCAGGAGUAGUGGCAGCGCAAACCACCCCGGUCUCUGCAAAAAGGAAGUCGACGGGAAGCAUGUCCAUCACCAAGUUCAUGAAGAGACCUCGGGGUUCCAGACAGGCUGAAACCACGGAGAUGGAUGGAUUUCAGGCAGACACCGAGGAAGAGGAUGAGGACGAAUGCAUCCUUCUGGACGUACAGCAGAGCGCAGAGCCUGCGUCGGGGGUCCCCGUCGAGACGGAAGGGAAAGCAGCGGAGGAGCCAACUCUAGGACAAGACACUGUUGACUUGACCUCCGACUAACUUUACUGCUCUGUAUGUAUGUAGAAUCCUUUAGAAUAUUUUUAAAAAUUCUUGUAUCUUCUUUCUGUAAAAGAUACUUGAACAUACUCUGUAUUCCUUGUAAAGAGAAGACAGCACUUUGUACUGCUUCAAAUCAGUGGAAGCUGAAGAUGUAUUUUUAGACGCUUAGCUCUUCGGGGGGGUUUAGUUAAGUACUACACAUAAUCUCUUUAAUAAAAGCAUUAUUGAAAUUUUGGAUGGGGGGGUGGGCCCCCAUACCAAAAAAAAGCAAAUUGUUUUGUGGUGUGUCUCUUUUAUGUUAAGCUGAAAUGGAAGGCUUCAGGUGCCUUGUGGAUGCCUGUUUUUUGUGUGUUCUGUAUCAUUGCCUUUUCUUUUUACACAUCAGUGACCUCUCCCUCUAAUAAAAAAAAAAUCUAGCCUCCCCUCUUUUCCCAAGUCAGCCUCCCAGUUAUGGGUUAAAAUUAGUUAAACUGUAGAAAGCAGGAAUAAAGGGACGGUUCUUGCAAAGGAAGCAAUUGAGCAGUGGGUCCCACAAGGACCAGUACUGUUUUUUAAAUAAAUGAUGUGGAAUUAGGGGUAAGCAAUGGAGUGGCCUGGUUUGUACAUGAUGUCAGAUCAUUCAGGAUGGUGAAAACUCGUAAGAACAGCCCUUCCGCACCAUAGAUCUAUGCAGGGGGAUUACAGUAUCAGCCAAAUGCAUUCUGAAGAACUGCGGGAAAGCUCUCUCUAGAUAGGUGAGUGGGCAACAGCGUGGCAGAUGAAGUUCAACGCAUGUGAGCAUAAAGUGAUGCACAUUGGAACAAAAAACAUUCUAAAUAGUAUACGCUGAUUGUGUCUGAACUGGUUGAGAUGGAGGUGGGAAAAGGCAAACCACUCUCAGGAUUAUUAGGAAACAGGCUGAAAAUAAAAUGGCCAAUAUUGCAACGCCCUCUAUAAAUCUGGGGUGCACUGUAAUUUGCAGUAUUGCCAACAGAUCUGGUCACUUUAUCUCAAAAGAGGGGCAACCAAGAUUCAGGGUUUGAAUACCUUUCAUAAGAGGAAGUGCUAAUGGUUAGCACUUUCAGUUUAGAGAUAAAAAUGCUCAGGAAGCACACUGGAAAUUCAUAAAAUUAUAUAUGG